ACUCACGGAAAACACUCAUUAAUUUGCAAGAGGAAAAGCAGCUUACUCUUGCUUUGCAUUCAACCAUCUGCAUUAAUUAAUUAGUUACUCUUACACUUGAAUGGAAUGUUUCAGCUGUGGAAAGCAGUGCUGUGAAAGCAUUUACUGGACGAUGGGUGGGUUAGAAUCACACCCUUUAAUCUCACUGAGUGUUUAUUAACAGACUGGGAGAGCCGCUUUUGCGGACAGCUAUUGGCCACAGGAGCUGCGGCAAGAUGGCGUCGCGGCUGUUUGAAGAGCGUGAACAUGUUGCCCUGUACCUGAAAUACCGGCUUCCCUCACCCUUCCAAAUCCGCAAUCUCAUCCUCGACUACUUGCAGAGAAAGAAGGGCAAGCCAUUCACCCUGGCAGUGGAUAUUGGAUGCGGCUCAGGUCAGAGCACCAGGGGAUUGGCUUCUUACUUUGAAAAGGUGGUUGGGAUUGAUGUGAGUGAAGCUCAGAUUGAAGAGGCGAAGAAGGUGGAUGGACCUGAUAACGUCUCUUACAGACAGGGCCUGGCGGAGGAACUGGGAUUCGAGGACAGUUCUGUCGACCUGAUAACAGCAGCAGAGGCCGCACAUUGGUUUGACUUGGAGAAGUUCAUGAAGGAAGUUGACAGGGUUUUAAAACCCAAAGGCUGCCUGGCUCUCUAUUGCUACCGAGUUCCCUUUGAAGUACAUUACAAUGACUGCUCUGAGCGUUUGAUCCAGAUUGUUCAACAGACACUGAAGACCCUGGCUCCCUAUGAGAGUGAAAGGACUCAGAUUGUUCGGAAUGAAUACAAGGAAAUAUUUGAUGCUAUCACAUUCCCUGAUAAAGAGAGAGUCGAUAGCAUUUCAUUCAAGCAAUUGGUGCCAGUCUUGUGGAUCAAAGGCUUCUUUGAAUCCUUGUCUUUCUACCAAACGUUUCAGAAGAAGGACCCGGAAGCUGCUAAAGCCACCCUCGAAAUGAUGGAGAAAGAUUUUAUGCAGACUAUGGGAGUUUCUUCCAGGGAGACUGUGUUGGAAGUGAAGUGGACUGCUUUCUGUUUACUGGCAAGCAAGCCUGAGUAAUAUCUACAACCCUGUCUCUCAGACCAGUUGCGUCAAGUGAUGAUUUCUGUUUCCUUAAGUAAGACUUUAAAUCUGUGUUUCAUAAUGUGGACAUUGGUAAAUGUUGGUUUGUACACAGUCAUGACACAUUGCACGGGUGAAUGUUUACCUUCAGCUGGAGCACAGAACAGUGUGCGAUUGAAAGCCUGAUAGACAUCCUUCACAUUUUCCUGGGCUUUGGAGGGUUGGUUACUUCUGCAGCAGUUAGAGUUUGAGUCUAAUACUUCCUGUGCAUACCCGCUGUUUAUGAAACAUGACUGAGGGACUCCACAUUUCUGCCCAGGACCGUAAGAAACUACAGAGAGUCGCGAACACAGCCCGGUCCAUCAGGCAAACCAGCUUUCCAUCCAAUGCCUGCAUCUAUACUUCCCACUGCCUUGUGAAAGCAACCAAUAUAAUCAAAGAUCUCUUCCACUCCAGUUAUAAUCUCUUCCAAACUUUUCCAUCAGGGAAACACACAUACAAAAGCUUAAACACAGAGUCAAGAACAGCUUCUUCCCUGUUGUUAUUAGACUUCUGAAUGGACCUCUCAAAUUUUUAAAUCUAAUGUUGAUCUCACUCUUUAUGCACCUUCUCUGCAGCUCUAACGUUGUAUUCGUCACUCUAGUGCACUUUACAUGACGUGACAAAACUAUUCACUGUACCUCGGUACAUGUGACAUUAAUAACUCAAAUCAAAUCAUUAUUCAGGCAAGACCUUUGUAGAGAGUUAAGAUUCUAUUGUAUAGUUGGACAUAUUCACUUUGCAAUUUCUCAUUGCUCAGUGUGUGUAAACCUGUCAGAAUCACAGUGGGGGUUUACAUCAGAUCAGAACAGGACAGAAUACUCUUCCCCAGAGCCAACCCUCACCCUCCCGAUUCUCCCACCACUGAACCCUCCAGAACCCCCUUUGCCUGAAUCAGCUAAAGCACCGUCUCUCCUGCGAACAUACUGGAACGGGAGGUUGGCGCCGCUCGUGAGUUGUGUGCUAGUUGUUGCUGCCUCUUGCUUGCUGCCCUGUUCUCCUCCGUGCCCCACCUCCUGAUGCCACUUGAUGCCCAGCUUGCUGUCUGGCUCCCCGGCUCGUUCAGGGACUGGGGAGCCAAACAGUGAGCCUUGAGGCAGGGCAGCAGGCAGCCUGAGGGGUUGGGAGCGGGCCAGUGAUCGCAGACUUCCAUACCAUCAUUCUGUGGUCGCGGCAUCACUGUGCCACGGUCACGGUGUCUGCACGCGCCGUAUGUGUCCUUCAGAAUGUCCCUAAUGGCCUGCAGGAUCGCUCUCCCCGUCCCACCACAUUCUCCCCUCCCUUGUGCCUCCCCCACCUCCUCUUCCUCUUCCUCCCACUCACAUCAACCGUCUGAGAUCCUAUCAAAUGGAGUGGAAACAAAUUACCCUUCAACCCAAGAGACCGUCCAACAGAAGUAUAGGCCCUUAACUGACACAAUUGAUUACUCAUAAUGUACUCCCCCCAACCCUCCCCUCACCUCCAGGGUUAAACACAGUUCCCCCAACCAAGACCCUACAGCUUACUCUAAAGGAUCUAAAAUCACUCACUUAACCAUUAGCCAGAAAUCAUGCUUAAUUCAUGUAAAACUCCCAAUCCUGAACCUCAAUCACUUGCUGUGCUAUUAAAUCCUGGUUCAAACAAUGUUCAAAAAGGCAACACAUUCCUUUAACUGUUUUGGUUAAAAAUGUGACAUUUUACAAUAUUAACUUCAUUUGACUUGAUAUUGUGAACUGUUAUAGAUAACAGAGAUGACAGGGUUGUUCAGUACUCCUGAACAUUACAGAGUGAAAUAAGGCCGUUUAAAGAAUCUGAUCGAGAUUAAUUGAGAGUAAGAGAUUUCUGAUACUAUGUGGGUGGAUUUGGAAGUGAUCUCAGUCUGCCAGCUGGGGUGUUUUAAUGCAGAUAUAUCCUUAUUUAUAAUUGUUUUUGAGUUAGGAGGCACUGGGUGUGGAUGAGGACCUACCCACACAGUGUCAUCUCAUUUCUAGUAUUUGGAAAGCCAGUUCAUUCACUCUCUCCCCACCUGCAUCUCUAGCCUAGACCAUGACCCCACAGUCCCUGUCCAAGUGGUCGAGGCUGAUACAAUUGCAACAUUGAAAAGGGACCUGGAUGGGUAUAUAAAUAGGAAGGGGUUAGAGGGAUAUGGGCU